UGGCAACCAAGGAGCCCCAGCAUUCUCAGGCCCAAGUAGGAGGUCGCUGCCUGCAGUGAUCAGAACUGUUUUCCACGCGGAUCCCAGGACAUCUGGGGCUGCACAGUCACCAUGCCCAGUGAAACUCUCUGGGAAAUUGCAAAAGCUGAAGUGGAAAAAAAGAGAAGUCAUGGAAGUGAAGGGAAUGGAGUUGAAAUUGGAGAAAAAUCUGUUUUCUUCAUUGGCAGUAAAAAUGGGGGAAAGACUACUAUUAUUCUAAGGUGUCUUGACAGGGAUGAGCCGGCAAAGCCAACCUUAGCUUUGGAAUAUACUUACGGAAGAAGAACAAAGGGGCACAACACACCAAAAGACAUUGCUCACUUUUGGGAACUGGGUGGAGGAACCUCUUUAUUGGACCUCAUAAGCAUACCAAUCACAUGUGAGACCUUGAGGACAUUUUCUAUUGUUCUUGUUUUGGAUCUCUCCAAACCUAAUGACCUUUGGCCCACCAUGGAAAACCUGUUGCAAGCCACCAAGAGUCAUGUAGACAGAGUGAUACUGAAGCUGGGGAAGAUGAAUUCCAAGGCAGCCUCUGAGGUGAGGCAGAAGAUGUGGAGCGGCGUGCAGAAGGACCAUCCGGAUCGUGAAUUAAUUGACCCGUUUCCAAUACCCCUGGUCAUAAUUGGAAGUAAAUAUGAUAUUUUUCAGGAUUUUGAUCCUGAGAAGAGAAAGGUGAUAUGCAAGACACUCCGGUUUGUUGCACAUUAUUAUGGAGCCUCGCUGAUGUUCACCAGCAAAUCAGAAGCUCUGUUACUAAAAAUGCGUGGCGUUAUCAACCAGCUGGCAUUUGGUGUUGACAAGAGCAAAUCAAUAUGUGUGGAUCAGAAUAAACCACUGUUUAUCACAGCAGGAUUGGACUCUUUAUGUCAAAUAGGGUCCCCUCCUGUUCCCGAUAGUGACAUUGGAAAGCUUCAGGCCCACUCACCAAUGGAGCUGUGGAAAAAGGUGUAUGAAAAGCUCUUCCCCCCAAAGAAUAUCAACACACUGAAGGCCAUCCAGGACCCUGCCCGGGAUCCACAGUAUGCGGAAAGUGAAGUUGAUGAAAUGAGAGUUCAGAAGGAUCAGGAACUGGAACAGUACAAGAGAAGUUCUUCCAAGACCUGGAAACAAAUAGAGCUGGACUCUUGAACCUGGUCCACCAUAGUGGUUUUUGUCUUCCUUCCCAAGUUCAAGUAAGAUCAUUUUCUUCCCUUGUGUGGCAACAUGUGAAGAAAGUUGAGAUGUAUAAUAUACUAGGGGAAAUCAAUCUGUUUCUUGUUCUGGUACAACUUUGUGAGUGUUCUGAAGUCUUUUAGAGAGAAAAUAUUCACUAUAUAUAAUUCCUUUUAAAUAAAAAAAUUUUCUA